UGGCUUAGUAGUUAGUAGUUUGGUUUCAACUCUUUCAACUCUAUCUGAGAAUUCUUCCCAAAAAUAAAAACUCUAUCUGAGAAGUUCGAUCUGAAAACCAUUUUUCAUUUUAUUCCGACGAAUUGAAUUACGGUGCCGUAGAAGAUGUGGUCGUCGAAGAAGCAAAUGAUGGCAUCGUUGCGAGGCUAUUGGAGGAGUCCAAUGGGACCUAAAACAACUCACUUUUGGGGUCCUAUGGCAAACUGGGGAUUUGUCAUUGCAGGAAUAAUGGACGUAAAGAAACCUCCGGACGCUAUAUCUGGCAACAUGACUGGAGUGUUAUGCGUGUUUUCUAUGUUGUGCAUGAGAUUUGCUUGGAUGGUGCGACCUCGCAAUCAUCUACUUUUGGCGUGCCAUGCUGCAAAUGAAUCCGUCCAACUUUAUCAACUCUCGCGUUGGGCUAAUCAUAACUGUAGGUACGUGACACCAACAGAAGACAAAGAUGAUCCAAAGUGAUUUAAUUGGUUUGUUCAAAACAACCUUCUUAUACCUCACAAUAAGAAAAUAUGAUGUGAAGUGAUAAUAUAAUGUACCCUUAAGAGGGAUCAAAUGUAUGUUUGUAUUGCAAAUUGCAAAUAGCGUUUAUAAUAUGACCAUCGUUAGCCUUUAGCAGGUUUUGUGAUUAUAAAUAAUGAUGAUACAUUAUUCAUUCAACACCUUA